AUGGAGCCGUCACUCCCAACCCCGGGCUCAAGCCUAUCUUUCUGGCACCAGACCACGCGUUCAUUUCGCUACUUGAACGCCAAUCGUGAGAACAAGGUCCCAAGUUCAACAAAAUACCUAAUCAUAGGGUCUGGCAUCUCCGGCGUGCUCACGGCUUGGGAGCUGGUUCACAAUGGAGUGAAGGCAGAAGACGUGUUGAUUUUAGAGGCAAGGGAAGCUGUUUCGGGCGCCACAGGAAGAAAUGCUGGUCACAUCAGACCUGAUGCGUUCCGCGGAUUUUCUGCAUUCUCAUCGAUUCAUGGGCCGGACCAGGCGAAAAAGAUAAUCGAAAGUGAGAAGGUCGUGCUCGAAAAAGUCAAGCACUUCAUUGCAGCUCACAGUAUUGACUGUGAUUUUGUUGAUACUACAACUAUGGAUGUGUGUUUGACCAAGGAAUUCGAAGAGUACCAAGCUAAAAGCUUUGCCGCCUUCAAAGCUGCUGGAGGGGAUGCCUCCCAUGUCAAGUAUUACCAAGGCAACGAAGCCAAGUCUAAGAGCAGAAACAAGGAUGCUUUGUCUGUAUACGAGUGGCCUGCGGCGUCCAACCAUCCUGCAAAGCUGACCCAGUGGAUUUUGAGCGACUUCAUUCGCAAGGGAGGACAAAUAUGGACUCACUGUCCCGUCACAAAGGUUGAAAAGCACAGCCAGACUCCUAAAUUCCGGUGGGACGUUCAUACCUCUCGAGGCGUGGUCACAGCACAUACCGUCAUUCAUUGCACAAACGCAUACGCGCCAGCUUUGCUUCCCCACCUGAUCAACUUCGUCACGCCUCUGAGGGCACAAGCUCACGCAUAUGUAGCAACCCCCGCUAUAUCUGGUGAAAAGGUUUUACAUAAUACACUUUCCCUUCGAUACAGCCUCUAUCAUUUCUUCUCUCUGAUACAACGCCCUAACGAUGGCAUUGUGAUUAUGGGAGGAUCAUCCGUCAAAACCGCAGAGGCGAGUGAAAAGAUUGCAGCAAGCAAGGAGACAUACGACGACGGGGAUUACUCAGAACAGAUGGCUGAAAAUAGCAAGAGGCAAUUCAAUGAUCUGUAUCUUGAACCUGAAUCAACCAAAACUCGGGCGGGAGAAGGAUUGGCACAUGUUUGGACUGGGAUUCUUGGAAUGACGACAGACUCAGUCCCUCUGGUAGGUCCGAUUGAUGGGCUUGAGGGUCAGUGGAUUUGUGCUGGGUUUAAUGGCCAUGGAAACAAACUGAAAAUGAGCAGGCCCAAGGUUAUGCUACUGGGAACACUUGAACAUGCCCAAGAUGCAUGGUCAAGUCUGGCACCUAUCGCAGACAGUAUCAGGCCGAAGUCCACAAAUCGAGCCGAUUUCAUCAAGGAGGCCAAGUCAGGUGCUUUCGAUGGUGUUGUAGCCCUCUACCGUGACUACUAUUCGGUCACCGUGAGUGGUAGAUUUGACGCGGAACUUCUGGAUGCGAUGCCCAAGUCAUUCAAGUACAUCUGCCACAACGGCGCUGGAUACGACCAGGUUGAUGUUGCGGCCUGCACAGAGCGCGGGAUUCACGUUUCCCACACCCCCGGCGCCGUGAAUGAAUCGACUGCCGACCUGGCAAUCUGGCUUGCACUCGGGGCCAUCCGCAACCUGCCCGUCAGUAUGCGUUCUUGCCACGCCGGUGCCUGGAGAGGCAAGCCGGCUCCUGCGUUGGGGCAUGACCCGCAAGGAAAGACGAUGGGGAUUCUCGGGUUUGGAGGAAUCGGAAGAACGGUCGCUAAAAGAGCCAUGGCUUUCGGCAUGACGGUUCAUUUCUAUGACCCAUUCCCUGUCGAUCCGAAGCUGCAUGGUGGCGCUCAGAGCGUGAGCCUAGAUACACUCCUCAAAGAGAGUGAUAUCAUCAGCAUUCAUAUUCCUCUAACACCGGAAACGCACCACUUCAUCUCCACUCCCGAGUUCAAUAAGAUGAAGAACGGAGUCGUUGUGGUCAACACGGCCCGUGGACCGAUUCUGGACGAGGAUGCGCUGGUCAAAGCUCUCGCCUCGGGCAAGGUCGCUAGCGCAGGCCUCGACGUUUUCGAGAAAGAACCGGAGAUCAACACCGGCCUUCUCGCCAACAAGAAGGUCCUUCUGGUCCCUCAUAUGGGAACUUGGAGUGUCGAAACUCAGACCAAGAUGGAAGUGCUGGCCAUUGAUAAUGUUCGGUCAGCGGUUACUAAAGACAAGCUCAUUACUCAGGUCCCCGAGCAAAGGUCGAUAGCCAAGCUAUAA